UAAAAUUUUAAUGACAGAAAGCUACUCUGGUGCCAACAUGAGCGCUCCAAAGAUUCGACAGGCGACUCUCGCCGACAAGGACGCCAUUUUCCAGGUUCACUACCAGGCCUUGAUGCAGCACCAUGAGUUUUACGGUGCUCUUUUCAAAACACACCCUAGGGAGCUGUUGCCUAUGUUGACCGAGAGGGCGCUGAAGAACCCCACCUUUGUGUAUCUGGCUGCAGAGUUGGAAGGAUCUAUCGUCGGUUUCAUACGCUAUAGUAUUGUCGAGGCACAGGAUCCGGAUGCAGCAGAGACGAAGGCGGAGGACAAAAACAUUGCCCAGGAAAAGGAUAAUCAAAAGCCCCCUCGACCCCCGCUUAUUUCUCCAAAGGACCAUCUCAACGAGAUAUGGGAUCGGUUCAAUAAGAGAGACGAGGAGAUGGACGCAUGCAAACAAGAGGCAGUGAAGGGACAGCGGCAUUACUACAUUUGGCAUCUCAUGAUCCAUCCAGACUAUCAAAGAAAAGGCAUCGGCGCGAAACUUCUUCAAGCUGUGACAGAAAAGGCCGAUGCUGACGGUCUGCCGACGCUCAUUGUUUCUUCUGAGAUGUCUCAUGGACUCUAUUUGAAGGCAGGGUUUGAGGAACUCGGGGUCUGGACCAUUGAUACUGAGUACUGGGCGCAGGAGAUUGUGCAGCGCAAUAUGAGCUUGGGGAUCAAAGAGGAUGAAGACCUGGCACGCCAAUUCGAGGGGGUGAAGGAGGUUGAAGGUUGUUUGAUUCGGCGCCCUAGAAAUAGAGGUUAGAGGAAACUCAUAUCACGACGGCUGCUGAUGGUUUACCGUCUUAUGUCGACGGCUAUAGAUAGCUCAAUAUAACUGGUCAAUGUCA